AUGGAUCAUCCCAACAUUUGCCGUCUCCUCGAGGUCUAUGAGGAGCCGACGCGCUUAUUGCUUGUCAUGGAAAAGCUCAAUGGCCCUGACCUCUUCGACGCAUUUUCCAAGAAGAGGCGUUACACCGAAACGGAUGCCGUCGACAUCGUGCGACAAAUCCUCAGCGCCGUCGCCUAUUGCCAUCGGAACGGCGUGUGCCACAGAGACCUGAAGUUAGAGAACUUCUGCCUGGAGGAUGACUCCGAGAAUGCUCGCAUCAAGAUGAUCGAUUUCGGCCUGGCGCACAGCAUCGACGACUUCCCCAUGACCGACUCCUGCGGCACCCUCUACUACGCGGCGCCCGAGGUACUCCGAGGCGGCGGUGAGUAUGACAUCAGCGACAUGGCAGGCGAUGCGGACAUCACCAACUUCUACAAUUCUCUGCUCACAGGUGCUGGGGGUGAUCCUCCCAAGGGCACCGUGCUCUCUGAGCUCAUCGUGAAGUUCUUUCACGGCGACUUCACCCCCCAGGGCUUCAAGCGCUACUCCGGGCUUUGGAAGGGCCCACCUCCCGGCAACAUCGGCAAGAAGGACAUCGCAGUGGGCGUGGCAAAGUUGAAGGAACAAAUGGCCAACCCCAUGUUCGUCACCAAGGGUGGUGUGGGCUAUGGCGUGGAUGAGACGCAGAAAGUGGAGGAUGAUGGCAAGGGCUGGGUCUGGCUGGCCGCGGAGAUGAGCCCCGGAGGCUUGGCCGUGGAGCUCUUCAAGUCCGUUCCUUAUGGGAAGCGAGCCAUCUUGGUGGCGAAGCAGAACAACGUGGAUGAACUCUUCCAGAAGGUGAAUUGGGACACGGCCCUGGGCAACAUCGAGAAGACCUUCGGCAAUUACACCGAGCGCUGCGAUAUGUGGUCCUUGGGCAUCUUGACCUACAUCCUCUUGGAUGGUCGAGCACCGUUCAUGGGUCGCAAUGAUCGGCAAACCUAUCGGCUCAUUUUGCAAGGAGAGUAUCGCUUUGCGGAAGAGCGCUGGGCGCACGUCUCGGCGAAUGCGAAAGACUUCAUCUCCAAGCUCUUGCAGGUGGAUCCACAACAACGCAUGACCGCGGAGGAGGCCACGGUACAUCCCUGGCUGGCGACCAGCGAGGGCGCGCCUAGCGUGGAGCUGGACCGUGGCAUUUUGGACGGACUCAAAGCCUUCUCUCGCAGCAAUGAGGUGAAGCGCGCCGUGCUCUCGGCCAUCGCGCCCAUGGCCUCGGUCGAACAAGUCCGUAAGUGGGCUGAUCAGUUUGAGGCCUUGGACGAAAAUGGUACAGGCCAGAUCAAAGUCUCAGACUUGGUGGAGAAAGUGGCGCAGCAGAGCGGUGAAGACGUGCACGUGGCCGAGGCAGGAGUCUUGAAGCUGACGGCGGGCACCAACCAGGAAGCGAACUACGAGAUCCUCCAGGAGAUCUCCUACUCCGCCUUCCUGGUCGACACCAACGCCACCGGUGACGGUGUCAGGAGUGCCGAAGAGGAGCAGUUCCGAGCCCUCUUCGAACGGCUGGACAAGGAGAAGAAAGGCAAGGUCACGGUGGAGCAGGUGUCCAAAGCCUUGGACGGCCUAGUGGACGACCGGGCGCAGCGUAACACGGACGAAUGGUGGACGACCAAGGUGGACUUGGAUGGCUUGGAAAGCGACUUCGGCGCGCGAGAGCUGAGCUUCACGGACUUCCGCUGGCUGCUGCAACGGCCCCUGACGCCCUCGUCGCUGGUGGGCCUGCGGCAGCUGCUGGGGCUCUACGAGGAUUCCGGCAUCGCCAAGAGCUGGCGCGUCGACACCGUCCGCGCCAAAAUGGCGGGCGAGACUGACGAAGGGGCCAUCGAGGCAGCGCGGCGCGAGAACGCGGCCUGGCGCCAGUGGCACCGUGCGCGGCUGCGCGAGGAGAAGGAUGAAGAUGGGAAGCUUGGACAGUGA